CUUAACGCUUCGUUCGAAAGCAAUUCUUAACUCUAGUGCAGCUGGUGCGGUCUUGGACGGUCUAAUAAGUCUAUCAGUUUGAUUACCAUGAAAGCCAUCUCUACAGCAAUCGCCACCUUACUGGCGUUGGCUCACCAAUGUUGUGCCAAUUUAGAUAUCAUUACCCUCAAUACUAAGGGAGACGCAUGGAUUCAGGAAGCCAGGGCUACCUUAGUUCUAGGAAAAGUCCCCAACCCAAUGGCAGGGGACGUUGCCUUAUGGAGCGCCAUCAUGAUGGAUAAGAGAGACUUCCUCCAAGGGGUUACUGAGAAUGCACUCAAUAGCCCAUACUGCAACAACCUUGGGAGUAACUGGUGUAACUUUGCGUAUACUCUCGUAGGCUCCCAAGUUGCCAAGAACGGCGCACCAGUCAGCGCUGCGCCCGGAUCUCGAAUCAAGACGCAUUACAAGCUGAACCCUGAUACGAACCAAUGGGAUCAGAAUCUCUACGUGAAUGAUAAGCUGCUCUCUAGCAUCUCGACAAGCCAGGGGCAGCAUGGAGUGAUAUUCUACGUCUCUAUUGAAUGCGCGGCGGGUACUUGUUCUCCUGCUCCAGCACAUGCCUGGGAGGAUAUUUCUAUCACGCUGAAUAAGGCAGACCCAAGUUUCAAGCAUACCGGUGCUUGGCAAUACAAGGCAACUGGAGGAGAAAUGUCAACCCCAGACAAUGGCAAGACUUGGAAUUUCACCACGGUUCAUAUCCCCGAUACAGCAAUUACGGGAUGAUUUAAUCACCCCGUAUCCCGGUAAGAAUGAGUUAUUCAUGGAUCUUUAUUAAUCAUUCUACACGCGGGUUCGACGUGUUUCAAGCUUGCGAUUUCGUUGUGUUGUGUUUAUGUUAGUAGGACAAUGGCUUGCGGGGUUAAUCGCGGUUCGGUUUCGAUUUUGGUGAUAAUGUCUGCGUUGAAAAGAAGGACAGAAUAAUGUUUGUUAUAAUCUCCGGAAAAUACUACUUAGGUCAGUCAUUUCAGCCAACACUGCAUAUACAUAAGACGAUGGUCCCUCGGAUUCCACUAUGGCUCUAUUCAAGUAUGUGAGAAACCGCAGGCCUUUCAAAGACUUUGGUUGGAUGUAUCUUUUCGCAA